AUGGAAAUGUGCCCAGCAUGGGAAGGGGAAAGGGAUGCCAAAUCCAACCCUGUCACAGAGGAAGCCCAAGGGCCAAAGAAGUAUAGACACAAGGAUCUAAAAGAUAUGAAAGGCUGGCCAAAAUUCCAGGAGAUCUUCAUGCUGGCAGCUCGCCGUGGGGAGGAGGUGGAUACACUCAAGCAAUACCUCCUGAUGCAAGCCAAGCCAGGCCCCUGGGAGUUCCACAGCGACGUCCUGACCAGCCAGUCACCUCAGGAGGUCUGUGACAACAUCAUCAGGGAGAAGGUCCUGGAGUACCUGCCCUUGGAGGUGCCCUAUGGCGUGACUCAGGUGACAGAGAUGUGGGAGGAAGGAGAAUGUGGGGAGCUCCUCAUCGCGCAGAACCUCUUGGUCCCAAGGAAGUCUCAUAUGAGGAUGUUGAUUGGAAGAGGAGGUAAAGUCAUCAGCAAGAUUGCUCAGGAGGCUGGGCAGGACCUGAUGAACGCUUUCCUGUGUGACGUCCGCUUGAAGCUCAGGGUGGAGGUGAAGAGCUGAGUGUUUUGAGAGCCCCUGAACUCUCUGAUCAUGUGGAGAAACAGAUCCCUGUGUUCCCCUGUGGGUAUCUUGUCCAGAAACAGAGGAUGAUGGAAUUAAUACAGUGGGCUGAAGUGGAAUAUAUUAUUCUUUGAGAGAAUGACCCAAACUGAAAAUAAAUCUUCAGACCCUCUACUGCACCUGGCCUUGUGGAAGCUGGGAUGGACACCAGAGAACCAGCUGCACUCAUGGUUCUAGUACUGCAUUUAUAGAGCUGCCAUCCACCUCUUUGGGGCUGUGUCUUGCAUUCUUGGUCACAGGUUUUUAUACCUGGAAGUUCAGGACCAUCUCUUGUCUUUUAGCAGACACAGGGUUGCACUGAAGGAUGAUUAGCACACCUUUGUCUUCUCAAGGCUGAACCACUCCAGUGUGAUCACACAGGAGGAACAGGCUACUGCAGCCCACACUAUGGUUUUACAUCGGCUUUGCUCCCUGCCCUGUUGAAGUUCAUGGGUGUAGGGGGUCAGUUUAAGGAAUUUACUGGCAGCUGAAACAUCUGUAAUGCCUG